AUGGCUCAUCUUGCUCGACGACCAGGUGGCAAGUUGAUGGAAGUCCUGGUGAAGUCUGUGGAGAACGUGAAACCAGCUCGGGUUUCAUCUUCUUCGCGGGGAUUCGAACACAAGUCCAGGAAACCACACAACCUCUGCCUUCUCGACCAACUCACGGGCUCUUUCUACACUUCCUUCGUCUUCUUCUAUCCGCCGGCGGCGGCGAAACACGGAUUAGCUUCGCCGGCGGCUACCGCCGAUCGGCUGAAAGCCUCACUCUCCAAGACCCUGAAUCCAUUCUACCCGCUCGCCGGGCGGGUGAGGGACAAUCUCGUCAUCGACGACUUCCAAGCAGGCGUCCCGUUCUCUGAAGCUCGAGUCGUGGGUCAAACCCUUUCAGAGUUUCUAGCACCCCCGAAGCUGGACCUGCUCGGCGAAUUGGUUCCCUUCGAGCCAAUGUGCCUCCUCCGGAUCCCGAAUCAUGACGAUCGCCCGCAGCUCGCCGUCCAGAUGAGCACGUUCGACUGCGGCGGGACCGCGAUCGGGAUCGAUUUCAAUCACAAGAUCGCCGAUGGGGGCACCAUAACUGCGUUCCUCAACGCGUGGGCGGCUGCCAAUGGGAUCUGUUACUACAGUUAUGCUCCCGGAUUUCGACUCGGCAUCCUCUGUUUUCCCUCCCCAACGGUCGAUCCCGCCCCAGAAUGCAAGCUUCAACUACAACUUAUUCUUCCAGAACCUCCGAAGGACGGCCACAAGGAGAUUCGUGUUCGGCGAGGAAGCCAUCGCGGCGCUGAGAGGCAGAGCCAGCAGCAGGAACGUGGUGAGCCCGAGUCGCACCGAGACCCUGUCGGCGCUUAUUUGGGAAUCUGCAGUGCGUGCCUCGCGGAAUGA